AGUACCGCUUUCCCCUUCGCGCGUUGCACAUGCGCUACGGCUUUUUUUCACCCCCCCAUUUCCACUUCCACUAGCUUCCACCGUCCGGGGAACCGCCGCUAGUGCCGCCGAGGAGUCAGGAAGUUCAAGAUGGCUGCCGCGGAGACUCAGUUGCUGCGGGAGCAGCCAGAGCUGGAAGAUGCUGAUAAUUCUGAAAAGAGUAUAAAUGAAGAAAAUGGAGAAGUAUCAGAAGACCAAUCUCAAAAUAAGCACAGUCGUCACAAAAAAAAGAAACAUAAACACAGAAGUAAACAUAAGAAACAUAAACAUUCCUCAGAAGAAGACAAGGAUAAAAAACAUAAACAUAAACAUAAACAUAAGAAACACAAAAGAAAAGAAGUUAUUGAUGCUUCUGACAAAGAAGGUAUGUCCCCAGCAAAAAGAACUAAACUUGAUGAUUUAGCUUUGCUUGAAGACUUGGAAAAACAGAGAGCCUUGAUUAAAGCUGAACUUGACAAUGAGUUAAUGGAAGGAAAGGUCCAGUCUGGGAUGGGGCUCAUUUUACAAGGUUAUGAGUCUGGCUCUGAAGAAGAAGGGGAGAUUCAUGAAAAGGCAAGAAAUGGAAAUAGAUCUAGUACUAGAUCUUCAAGUGCAAAAGGUAAACUUGAACUUGUGGACAAUAAAAAUAGUACAAAAAAAAGAAGUAAAAGCAGAUCCAAAGAACGGACUAGACAUAGGUCAGAUAAAAAGAAAAGUAAGGGAGGUAUUGAAAUAAUUAAAGAGAAAAUAACUAGGAGCAAGUCAAAGGAAAGGAAGAAGUCCAAAAGUCCAUCCAAGAGAAGUAAGUCUCAAGAUCAAGCAAGAAAAUCAAAAUCCCCUACCCUUAGAAGGCGAUCUCAAGAGAAAAUUGGGAAGGCCAGAUCUCCUAAUGAUGAGAAGAUUAAAAUUGAAGAUAAAAGUAAGACAAAAGAUAGGAAAAAAUCCCCAAUUAUAAAUGAAAGUAGAAGUCGUGAUCGAGGUAAAAAAUCCAGAUCCCCAGUUGACUUACGAGGUAAAUCCAAAGACAGAAGGUCGCGAUCCAAAGACAGAAAAUCAAAAAGGUCUGAAACUGAUAAAGAAAAGAAGCCAAUUAAAUCUCCCUCUAAAGAUGCUUCUUCUGGGAAAGAAAAUAGGUCACCCAGUAGAAGACCUGGUCGUAGUCCUAAAAGAAGAAGUUUGACUCCAAAACAACGUGAAAAAUCAAGAAGAAGUAGAUCUCCACUUCUAAAUGAUAGAAGAUCUAAGCAAAGCAAAUCACCUUCUCGAACUCUGUCUCCGGGUAGAAGAGCCAAGAGCCGAUCCUUAGAAAGAAAACGAAGAGAACCCGAAAGAAGACGACUUUCUUCUCCGAGAACACGACCUCGAGAUGAUAUCCUCAGUAGACGUGAAAGAUCAAAAGAUGCCAGCCCUAUUAAUAGGUGGUCUCCAACCCGAAGAAGAACAAGUAGAUCUCCCAUUAGACGAAGGUCGCGCUCCCCACUUAGACGUAGCAGAUCUCCGAGAAGAAGAAGCAGGUCUCCUCGGAGAAGAGACAGAGGUCGUAGGAGCAGAUCACGCUUGAGAAGGAGGUCUCGAUCACGAGGUGGUCGCAGACGAAGAAGCAGAAGCAAAGUAAAGGAAGAUAAAUUUAAAGGAAGUCUUUCUGAAGGAAUGAAGGUUGAGCAGGAGUCUUCAUCUGAUGAUAACCUCGAAGAUUUUGAUGUAGAGGAAGAAGAUGAAGAAGCUCUAAUAGAACAGAGAAGAAUACAAAGGCAGGCAAUUGUCCAGAAAUAUAAAUACCUUGCUGAAGAUAGCAAUAUGUCUGUACCAUCUGAACCAAGCAGCCCCCAGAGCAGUACUAGAACACGAUCACCUUCUCCAGAUGACAUCCUAGAGCGAGUAGCUGCUGAUGUUAAAGAGUAUGAACGGGAAAACGUUGAUACAUUUGAGGCAUCAGUAAAAGCCAAGCAUAAUUUAAUGACUGUUGAACAGAAUAAUGGUUCAUCUCAGAAAAAACUUUUAGCACCUGAUAUGUUUACAGAAUCUGACGAUAUGUUUGCUGCAUAUUUUGAUAGUGCUCGACUUAGGGCUGCUGGCAUUGGAAAAGAUUUCAAAGAGAAUCCCAACCUCAGAGAUAACUGGACUGAUGCAGAAGGCUAUUAUCGUGUGAACAUAGGUGAAGUCCUAGAUAAGCGUUACAAUGUGUACGGCUACACUGGGCAAGGUGUAUUCAGUAAUGUUGUACGAGCCAGAGAUAAUGCAAGAGCCAACCAAGAAGUGGCUGUUAAGAUCAUCAGAAACAAUGAGCUCAUGCAAAAGACUGGUUUAAAAGAAUUAGAGUUCUUGAAAAAACUUAAUGAUGCUGAUCCAGAUGACAAAUUUCACUGUUUGCGACUCUUCAGGCACUUUUAUCACAAGCAGCAUCUCUGUCUCGUAUUUGAGCCUCUCAGUAUGAAUUUACGAGAGGUAUUAAAAAAAUAUGGUAAGGAUGUUGGUCUUCAUAUUAAAGCUGUAAGAUCCUAUAGUCAGCAAUUGUUCCUGGCACUGAAACUCCUUAAAAGGUGCAAUAUCCUACAUGCAGAUAUCAAGCCAGACAAUAUCCUGGUUAAUGAAUCAAAAACGAUUUUAAAGCUUUGUGAUUUUGGAUCGGCUUCACAUGUUGCAGAUAAUGACAUAACACCUUAUCUUGUCAGUAGAUUUUAUCGUGCUCCUGAGAUCAUUAUAGGUAAAAGCUAUGACUAUGGUAUAGAUAUGUGGUCUGUAGGUUGUACCUUAUAUGAACUCUACACUGGAAAAAUUUUAUUUCCUGGCAAAACCAACAACCAUAUGUUGAAACUCGCCAUGGAUCUCAAAGGAAAGAUGCCAAAUAAGAUGAUUCGGAAAGGUGUAUUCAAAGACCAACAUUUUGAUCAAAAUCUGAACUUCAUGUAUGUAGAAGUUGAUAAAGUAACAGAGAGGGAGAAAGUUACUGUCAUGAGCACCAUUAAUCCAACUAAGGACCUGUUGGCUGACUUGAUUGGGUGCCAGCGACUUCCUGAAGACCAACGUAAAAAAGUACACCAGCUAAAGGACUUGUUGGACCAGAUCCUAAUGUUGGACCCAGCUAAGCGAAUUAGCAUCAACCAGGCCCUACAGCAUGCUUUCAUCCAGGAAAAAAUUUAAACGAGAUGAAGAAACUCCAAGGGUUUGAGUAAUUAAAUACAAAGACUGAAGAAAUUUCACAGCAGUUUAUUAUUAAUGUAUAUAAACUUAUAAAUAUUUCUCCAGCAAAUUUGAGGAAGCAUGAUAUAUUUGAAUUAACACCAAGGGUGAUAUUUCUUUUAGAAAUGUUAGUUAAUCUGUUUUGUGUCUUAUGUGAAAUUUCACUGUAGAACUGUUUUAAUUGCCAAGACUGCACAAAAUUACAGUGCUAAUGUAUAUGGUUGCAGUUCACAUAAAAGACAAAAGCAUCUGUUAUAAAAUGAGUAGUAAUACUGGGUGGUUGAUUCGUUUUUAGCAGAAUUGGCUUCAUUUUGGUCUUCAGAUAAAAUGGCCAGCAUAAAUGCUGUUUAUAUUCACGUUUUCCUAGGUGUGUGUGUGCAGGCCACAGCAGCAUGCCCUUGGUGUAGUCAGUGCCGAAAGGGGUCUGUUCCUUCUUGAGCCUGCCUGCAGGGACGGUCUCCUCUUUUAAAGCAGGUUGUGUACAACAUUCAGUACACUGAAGGUAAGCUAAACCAUCAACAUCACUGGUGUUUUAAGAUGUUAUUUUAUUGGAAUAAUUGACAAAUGAGGGAUAAUAGCUUUGUGGCAGAAUUCCCUGCAUGUGUGAUAACUGAUCUUGUUUUAUUUUUUGGCAUUGCAACUGUGGCAUAGUUACAAUUUCUGUUCUGUUCAUCACAUUUAAAAUUUGAAGAGUACGCGCUUGAUGGAUAGAGCGCCUUCAGUGUACUGUUUCUUAUUAACUUUACUUUUUUAAAAUCAACUUGCUAUAGACUUUAUAUACAUUUUGUUAAAUACAGUUCCUAGUGACAUAGAAAUGAUGCAUAGUUUUCAUUUACUAAUUACAAAUGUUGAGGCCUAAUUCUCAAAGUCCUCAUAUUUAAAGGUUAGAUAGACAACAUAAUGAAAUUUUUAACUAUUUGUAUGUCAUUUUGAAAGUGUACUGCUUUAUGGUAAAAGUGUUUUUUCAUUUGUUCAUUGUUUUCAUUAUUUGUGAUCAUGUUGUCUUUCAAUACAGGCAUAAACCUUCCACUCUUGAACAAAGCAGCUGCUUUUUAAAAGCGGUAAUUGCUUCUUUACCUUUUAUUUCUUUUGUAAAUGAAGCUUUUCUUUAAGAUUGUGACUUUAAAGUGUUGUCUAUUGCAUAAACAGUUGACACUCACUUAUUGUAAAGUGAAGAUUGUUCUACUGCAUGUGAAGUGGACCAUGCAGAUUUCUGUAUGUUCUCAGUAUGCAUCACUAGAUAAUAAAGUCUUUUGUGAACAAGGCAUUUGUAGCCAUUUUUAAAAGUUUUUGUCUUCAGUGCUGGUAAGUCAGGUAAACCAUAAAUAGCUAAAAGCAACCUUUCUUUUUAUCCUGAAGUCUUUAAUUGAGAGUAUUGUUGAAAGAAGUAAAUCUAGCCAAAAGUUUAUCAAUUUAUUAAUAAUUAGGAUUCUAAUUAUUUUUAUCCCCCACCCCCCAAAAGCCCACAAUAUUGUCAGCUUUCAGUGUAGUGAGAUUAUUCCUGUAGGUUAUGGGGUAUAAUGCAGGAUUUAACUAAUGUUUUUGCUAUUUUCUCACUUUUCCUUUUGAUGGUGCGGAAAGAGAAAAAGGAAAACGGGGCACAGGCCAUUCAACGCCUUCUGCAAGGGGUCUGAUUUGCUGAGACACCAGCUUCACCUUCUUAACAAGGCACCUAAUUACAACAAGCAUGCACAUUUUGGUGCAUUCAAGAAUGGAAAAUCAGAAUAGCAGCAUUCUUCUGGUGCAGCUCAGUGGAAGAUGAUGACAACCAGAAGACAUGAGCUAAGGGUAAGGGACAGUUCUGAAGAACCUUUCCAUUUAGCAAUCAAGAUAUGGAAGCUGAUCUCUGAAAAUACUCAAUGUGUAUCCUAAUUGUUCAUGGUAUUAUUUGAUUUGUAACUUGCAUUUUAGCAGCAUAUGUCCCCAAUUGACUUAUUGGAAAACUUAAUAAAAUAAUGCCUCUUGGUAGCA